AGUUUUUGAAAGGACCUACCCGCACGCCAGCACCAUGUUCGAAGCCACCCUCAACAAGGCGAGCACGCUCAAGAAGCUGAUCGACGCGAUCAAGGACCUCGUGACCGACGGGAACAUCGAGGUGAGCGAGACGGGCAUGAACCUGCAGGCGAUGGACUCGAGCCACGUGUCGCUCGUGUCGCUCGUGCUCCACACGGACAUGUUCGAGCACUUCCGCUGCGACCGCGCCGUGACGCUGGGCAUCAACCUGCCCAACUUCGCGAAGAUCCUCAAGUGCAGCGGCAACGACGACAGCGUGACGCUCAAGGCGCAGGACGACGGCGAGAACCUGUCCAUCGUCUUCGAGUCCGAGGGCCAGGAGCGCGUCUCCGAGUUCGAGCUCAAGCUCAUGGACAUCGACGCCGAGUCCCUGGGCAUCCCGGACCAGGAGUACAACACGACGAUCAAGAUGUCGUCGUCCGAGUUCCAGCGCAUCGUCCGCGACAUGACGGUCCUCGGCGACACGUGCUCCAUCGGCUGCACGAAGGAGGGCGUCAAGUUCUCCGUCCACGGCGACCUCGGCGCGGGCCACAUCACGCUCCGGUCCAACGCGUCCGUCGACAAGGAGGACGAGGCCGUCGAGAUCCAGAUGGAGGAGCCCGUCGAGCUCAACUUCGCGCUCCGCUACCUCGGCUUCUUCACGCGCGCCACGCCCCUCUGCGGCCGCGUCAACAUCUCCAUGUCGCCCGACGUGCCCAUCGUCAUCGCCUACCACAUCGGCGACAAGGACGCCGAGGGCGCCGGCUCGCUCUCCUACUACCUCGCGCCCAAGAUCGACGAGGAGUAGGCGGCGCCGCGGAAAAGAAGAAAAAAGGCCCGAGAGGCCGGACUCCGGCGCCGCGCGGGCCCCAAGUUAACGCACGACCGAAAACGGGGCGUAGUACGACCGGUGAGUGCGCGCGCGCAUGCGUGCGGCCGCGCA